AUGGGCCGCGAGUCGAGCACGGAGGACCCGCCCUGGGCCGAUGGGCCCGAUCACGGGCCCGCCACGUACCGGUCCUUCACGCAGUCCAUCGCCGCGGACCUGGCCGAAAAGUCGCGAUCCCAGCUGUACCCCGAGCGGGGCGUGAGCCAGCCGGACGUGGACGGCCGGCGGCUGCGCUUCGGGCGACUGGUGGGCGGCGGCGCGUUCUCGGACGUCUUCGAGGCGGACCACAUCCCCGGGCCGGGAUUCGACCCGGCGAGGAAGGAGCGCGUGGCCGUCAAGGUGCUCAAGGUGGAGGGCCGGGAGCAGGAGCGCGAGGUGGUGGACUUCGUGCGGGAGGUGCAGAUCAUGCGCGACCUACCGGAGAGGAGCUACUUUGUUAAGUACCUUGGGGCCGGCAGCCUGGACGCUUGGAACCCCGACAUGAAGCACAGGUCGCUGUUCGUGAUGAUGGAGUACAUGAACCAGGGCACCCUGGGGGACCUGCUGGUGCGGCAGAUGGCGCGGCCCAGGAGGCCUCUCUACACCAAGGAACAGGCCAUCCAGUGGCUCAUCCAAAUCGCCCGGGCGCUCAAUGCCCUCCACAGCGCGACCCCCAAGAUCUUGCACCGAGAUGUGAAGGCCGAGAAUAUCCUCCUGACAGAAGAAGCGCCCGGGGAGAUUGUGGCCAAACUUGGGGACUUUGGACUUCACACCUGUGUGGCUAAAAUCCCAGGGCACAGCAGGGGCGUCCCUGUGGUUCCCAACCAGAUCAUUUGGGCCAAGGAAGAUGGCACGCUGUCCCCUAAAUGCCAGAUUUUGUUGCCUAAAAACGUGGAGGCUCAGGAAGACGAGCCCUACGAGGCCCGUGGGACGUCCUGGGCAUCGGACGCAUCCACACGAGGCCUGACGUCUGAGGAAGUCAACUACAGGCUGACGACGCGCGUCGGAAGCUACAUGUACAUGGCCCCGGAAGUGUAUCUGGAGGAGAUGUACUCAGAGAAGGCCGACGUCUUCUCCUUCGGCAUGAUCAUGUACGAGCUGCUGAGCAGUCGCCUCAUGCUGGUCGUCUACUCCAAGCUCAUGGAGGAGCGCGGCGACAAGCUGGGCGUGCGCGAGUACGCGCGCCGCGUCUCCCGCGGCUGGCGCCCCUCCAUCCGCGUCCGCCUCGUGGAGCCCCUCAAGGCGCUCAUCGCCGAGUGCUGGUCCCCGGACGCGGCCCUGCGGCCGUCCAUGGGCGACGUCAUCGUGCGCCUGGAGGACGCCCUGGAACAGGGAGGCAUCGUGGAGGAAGGGGAGGAGGAGGAGGAGGAGGUCGGCACGCUGAGCAGCCUGGCGCGGCGGCUCAUGGGCUGGCUGGCGAGCCUGUGGACCACCCGGCGCAACUUGACGUUUCCCUGCGGCGGCAACGCUCUGGGAUCGGCGGCGCCGCUGAAGCAGGGCCUGCGGCGGCCGGAUCUGGAGGUCAUUUCUACGUAG